AUGGCUGGAAGUGAACCUGAGAAGGGUGACAAAGUCAGCUGGAGCUGGGGAGGAGGUGCUCCUGGCGGAACGGUCGCCGAAACCAAGCAUGACGGCGAGAUUGCGAUCAAGUCUAAGCGCGGCAAUACCAUCAAGAAGAAUGCAUCUCCAGACAAUCCCGCGGUCCAUGUGGAGCGCUCUGGGAAUGAUGUGGUCAAAAGAGCCUCUGAGCUCACCAUUGAACAAAAGAAUUCCUCAAAUGGUAAACAGCAAGAAAGUUCCGAGAAGGAUCAUGGCGAGAAGCGCAAGGCAGGGAGCCAAGAGGUUGACGAGGAUGAGGAGGACGGUGGAUCAGACGAGGACCGCAAGAAUGAUGAUACCAAAGACCCUCACACCAAGAACAUGGAAGGAAAGGAAGUCAAGAAGGGUGGCAAGCAAGCCAACAAGAAACAAAAGAAAGAGCAAGAAAAUGUUGAUGAAGACAAUGACAUGAAGGCCAAGAAUGGUGCAGAAAAGGAUCAAGACGAUGAUGAUGGGGACGAAGAUGUUUAUAAAGAUGACGAGGAGGAGGAGGCCAGUGAGGAAGAUGAAGAGGCCAAGGACGAUGACGAUGGUGAAGCAGCGAGCGAAGACUCUGCGGUUGAUACCGGAAAAUCCACCAAGUCCAAGAAAUCAGGGGAACAGAAUCACGACUCCAACGAUGCCACCAAUCACGAAGACACCAAUGCAAAGACGUCUUUGAAAACGAGGAAGGAGUCUGCGCCAAGAGAACAAGGCGACCUCGUGAGUACGCGAACUCGCAGCCAGGACAAAAGCUAG